UUUUUACUUGUUUCAUACUUUAUUUAUAUACUUCUCAUCUAGUUCAUCAGCCUUUUACAGCUUUAUCAUCUAUUCAAGGAAAAUGACUCAUCGCAUGAAAAAUAACAUGAUACAAACAACCACCAACACAACAGUGACAGGCCAAUUACUUCAUGAUACCGAAGAUAUUGAAGUAUAUGAAUUCUCAUCUUUGCGAGAUGAACUUGCUGACGACAACGAUUUUCAAGACGAUGAAUCUGAUUUCCCUGUUACUUUCGAACACACUGGAAAAGCUCUUGAUAUUGCCUUUUCUACCAGCGCGGAGAAGGUAUCUUCAAGUACUUUUGAAGAAGAAGCCUUUGCAGUGAGAAAACCAACACAGUUACAAUCCAAAUUAGGUACUGGUACCAAGCAACAGCAAUCGAAUAUUCUGAAGAAAAAUCCAUUUGCUACUCAAUAUUUGGAUCCGAAAACAUCAAAGUCAACUAUUGCCAGUCAUUCGAAGAAUAAAGAACAUGCACCAUCAAGCGGUCGCCAAGUCUCUUCAGGUAUUUCGUUUGUAUCUGCCUUAUCUGGAAAAAUACCUGAAACUCAAGACAAGAAUGAUGAUAAUACGUCCAAUAAAGAUAUCCAAGACAACACUAUCAUUGGCACUACUAGCACUAUUCCUUCUACCACCAGUACAAAAAUCAAUGAAAUCAAUUCGACAAAUCAACCUCAUACAACUACUACAUUACAAGAACUUGAAGCAAACAUUCGACAACGCUCAGAUAUUACUACUGGACAGUCUCAUCCUGUUGUUUACAAUUUAUCUGAUAUUGAAGGUAGAAAGGAUCAAAUGCAAUCUUCCAAUCGGAAUCUACUUCAUCAACUUCUUCCAGGACUCUCUCAACAACCACAGUCUACUCCACCUCCACCAGUGAAUCAGAAACCUUUUGAUAUUGAAUCCUUUUUCCAAAAUCAUCAAGCAAAUGUCCCACCUCAUCAACGUAACCCUAUAGUUCAAAAACCUAACCAGACAGUGGAGCAAGAAAUUGAGCAAAAAGAAGAGGAUGAUGCCAAAAAUGGUUACAAUGGCCUAAUGAAUGCAAAGGAUUUAAGAUUCAUCGAUCAAAUCCAACAAUCCCAACUACUAGCAGCUAAUCAGCAGCCUUCUAGUGACUUUUACUAUCAAAUGUAUAUGACACCCAAUGGAAAUCAACCUCACAUGCCACCAGUCGUCAAUGGACAUUAUCCUAUCAUGAUGAUGAAUAACAAUAAUGACCCAGAACAACAAACUCAAUCACCUACCGAGAUACGCGCGAAUUUAGACAAGAUCCUGGAGGAUGUUAAGUAUGAUCGAGAACAUAUGGAUGGCGAUUCUACUACUACUACCACUAGUACCACUGCUACUGCCGAUCAAGAUAAGGAACAAUCGAACAACGCAACAGAUGAGCAUGAAUCAAUUCAAGAAAAGAAGACGUACUUAAAAAAGGAUCAUCACCAUUUACUAAAAACAAUUGAAUCGAUUUAUUUUCUGGUAUUACAAGUGGAACAGUCCUAUCGAGAAAGAGAUGGAAAUGCAACUGGAGUACCGGGUAACACGCAAAAUGCCACAUCAUCACCAUCAUCAUCAACACGACAAGAUACUAUUCAAAAAAUAUGGGAUACACUGACAACAAAACAAAAGAUUCCUACUAUUAUUUCAAUUCUAUCUGUGAACAAGGGUAUGUCCUUGAUAGGCCGUAUAUUACCUCAUCUGAAUGAUCAUCAGCGACAUAUCUUGAUGACCACCAUUGCCUAUCAUUUUGUUGAUAUUAUUCCACCAUUAAAUUCCACUAAUCCUCGUAUCUCCCAAUAUCAGCAGCAACAACGACAGAACAUCGAUUACAUACAUCCAUCUGUGACAGCUUGUUUGGAAAAUUCCUUAUAUUGGUGUUCUCUGUCUUAUAUUAGUCAAAUUCUAUCAGUAGCAUCUAAUCAUCCCGAUUUUCAAUCACUUAUUGGUACAAAGACUGGUCAGCGCUUUUUAGGUUCAUUACUAUUCCAUGCAAAAGGAAAGCAACAACAACAACAACAGCAAAGUCCACCUCUCUCGGAAAAAGAUAUUGAACAAUGGCAAAAAGUAUAUCAAGAUUACUUUACAAAGACAAUCAAGGCAUCUGCUAUUUUGAAGGAAACGAUUCGAUUAGAAAAUAUGGAAGGUUGGUUACUUUUAAAUGCUAUGAUUGGGUGCUGUGAUCAACAACAAAAGGAAAAGAUGAUAUUUGAAUUUAGAGAAAUUGUGUCAACAACUGUCAAGACAAUCUCUGAUCUUACUAGUAAUUUUGUGCCUGUACCCUAUCACAUUCAAGCCGUUUUCCCCAUUGUCAAUGAUUUAUGGACUGCUAUGGAAGAUGCUACCGAUUUAUAAAAAGAAGAAUAGUAUAGAAAGCAUAUUCUUUUAGUUAGAUGACCUUUUUUUUUUUAUGUAAAUUAUAUUCCCUCUUAUUUAUUAUACACUUUAGUCAAUUGACUAUCACUUGGUAAUAAACAAAUGUUCUGAUUGACCGGAGACCCAAAAAGGGAAUAAUGCAUUGAUCCAAGGUCAAGCCACUGAGUCAUUGAAACACCGGAUUUUCU